UGUUAUUAAGUGACUGAAUGAUGGUUUAGUUUUUCAUGAAGUUUUGUGACUUUUGCGGCGGGCAUAGGAAUUAUGUCGACUCAAAAUGGGUAAUUUAUCAACAGUAGUGAAGUUUAGUGCAGCACUCUUCUCCUGUCUUGUGGAUUAUGCGUGGGCUGAAAACGAAUUACGAGUUGUAGAAUGUAUCGAAGGGCAAGGAGGAUGCAAGAGAUGCAGAGAUGGUACAUGUGCUAGAUGUGCAGUACUUUUACAUCAGGGAACUUGUGUCGAUACUUGUCCACCAGGUCACAUUGCAGAUUGGUCGACUAGAGAUGAAUAUAUGGGCAGAAUUUGCAAAGAAACUGGAUAUAUGUUUGGAUUCACUGGUAGUCAGGUAGCCAUUUUGGUAGGAGUUGUUUCUGGAGCAACAAUAUGUAUCCUCAUUAUAUUAUGCGGAGCUAUAAUUGUGCAUAGAAAAAAGAAAAAAACUGCUAAAUUUAUUCAGCAAUUUGAAGACAGUGCAGAGAGAAGAGAAUUUUUAAAACACCUUGCAACACUUAGGGGAGAGGGUAAUACAUUUCUAUCUAUGCUCAACGAUACUAGAAGACAAGUUAGAGAAUUAUAUUAUUCAGGAAACAAUGGGGAUGGUGCUGUUGGAAUACAAGCAUAUAGACCAGUUUUACGUGAUUUGGCAAGGAUACUAGUUCUUAUUAACAGAAGAGAUGAUGAAAUACCAGUUCCUCCAGAUGAUUGGCAAAGACUCUUUUCAUGGGCAGAAAGACUCUUGAGGCGUUAUAAGAGGCACAGUUCUCCUGAAGUGGCUCAGCUUGUGACAUUCUUGCAACAAUCAACAGUAUCCGUUCAAAUGAAUUCACCGCAGCAAACAACAAUCACACAAUCACCUCAGCCAUAUGAGCUGAGAACCACUCCAACUAAUCUGACUACAUUCCAAGCAAAUGUACCACUUACAACAUUUCAAGCAAGUGAUAAGUCAAGUAUCAGUCCUGCAAGCUCCAGCCUUGGAUAUGUAAAGGACAGCCCUGUAAGUUCUAGCCUCGGGCAAAACAGUUCUGGAGCGUACAAUGAGAAACUUAGCCCAAAUGGAUCUAGUAUAGGACAGACAACUCCGCUAGUGUAUGACAACCAAAAACAACUGAAACCUUCAAGUACACAUUUUCAAGAGCUUGCCAUUUCAACUUUCAAUCAUACUUAUAAUACCGGUGCAACUUUAACAGAACCAAUUUGUGCAAUAGAUGAGUGUGAAGGAAAUGGGCUUGAUCAUGAAUUAAACCCACAAUGGGAAUUUCAAAGUACUACAGAGGCUGCUAACUAUACUAUUCUAUCUGAUUGGUCACGGGUUCGUGAAUACCUCAUUGAUGACUUUACAAUACUUGGUUUUCGACCACAAGAUGAAAUCACUACAGAAUUGUAAAUAACAUGUUAUAAUAUGUAUAACAUGAAUAUUUCUUUAUAGUAUUUACUUGUAAAAAUACUUUUUCUAUUUUACAGUUUGUAUAUAUUUAAUUCGUUGUCAAUGUUUUUGUGGAUUCUAAAGUCUGCACACAGAAGAACCUCCAUUAUUUGUUUUAUCUGAAUAAUAAGUGAUAUGUGAUCGUUUAGAAAAUAAAAUGCUCACUUUUCUAACGUUGAACAUUCUAUUUGUUUCUCUUUUGAAUAAUGUAAAUACGAAUAACAAAUGGAACACAUUCGUAAUACGUAUACGCGUACAAAUUUGUUAAAAUGUACGAAUUCUAUAUUUUUGAUUGUUAAAUCGUCUAAAUACUUUUACAUUCUUUUUGCAUUAUGAACAAUUGAAGUCUUUUAUCCUCAAGGCACAAAUGCAUUGAAGAUAUUUAUAGAGACAUUUUUAAUGCUAAUAAUCAUAUCUUCUCCAAUGUCUUAUAUUGUUACUGCAACAUGAGAUAGUAUAUUUCUGUAGAUAUAAUUUUAGGUUAAGGGUAGGAUGUGAAGAAGCAACGUAUUUCUGGCUAGCCAGGUACGAAGGGCAAUAAAACCCUGUUGAUAAGAUCUGAAAAAAUUCUAAUUAGGUAGCGAUACUUAUCGAAAGUGCCAUAAAAGGACCUUUUUUCUUGUCAAAAAUUCAGUCGAGGUUUCGCAAGUUUACAUCCAAGUUCAUGAGAUUCAGAGACUUUCUUUAUUAAGCCCAAGUCCAAAUUACGUGUAAUUCAAGUCUACAGAUUUUCGGGAUACAUAGUGUAAAAUAAGCCAACAUAAGAUCGGAAACAAAGUUUCGGUAGAAUUCGCUACUCUAGUCUAGAGUAGCUGAUUUAGUCUUCAGAGAUGAAGUUCACACGAAAAAUUGGUAUCUAAGAUACGGCUGGAAAGAGAAGUUCACGUUAUAUAACUAGUUUUAUAGUACUUACAACACAUAUUACAAUGUUUUUAAAAUUCUUGUUGUAUUUCUGUAGUUAACGCUACACGUUGUUAUUUUAAUUAAAACAUACGUUGCAAGUUUCAUACUGUAUUACGAUCAAAGUUAAUUUUUACCAUAAUAAAAGAAUAUUCUUAAAAAAAAGAGAUAUUAUAUGAGGAUAUGUUCCGUUCGGAUAAUAAAAUAUGUAAAGAAUAGAAUGUUUGAAUAGAAAUAGUAGAACAUUCAGAUAAUGGAGAUUCUAUUGUAUUGAAAAUUAGUACCUACAAAUUGAA